CUCACAAUGAAUAUUUCCGGCCAGCCACUUCGCGAGCUCAAGAUCAAGUGGCCAAAGCCUAAUGUCACAGUUACAGUACGAAUGAAUAACUCGAACCCAGCAUUAGUCGAUAUCCUCUGGGAUACCCUGCCAUAUCGCUCUCUUCAGACACAUGCUUUGGUCACAGGUGAUCACUUAUAUCAUCUUGUUCCAGCAGAGCGCCUGAUUUACACCAACCCUCAGUACAAAGCCCCUGACAGAGCCAAAGAGCCCGACGGCACCGUGUUUCUCUCCAAGUUCCAGCACCUAGCCAUCAAAUAUGGCAAAGUGACUGAGCAUCACCCGGCGGCGUCUGUGGGAACUGUGAUUCCCGAGGAUUUAGAGAAGCUGCGAAGGGCUGGCAAAGAGAGUUGGAAAAGUCAACUCCAGCAUAAAGAACCUAUUGAAGUGAUUGUUUGGGAUGCUUUGCGUCCUGAGCCAGGACGUGAGGAUCUUACACUGCGUCUCCAGCGUACGGGGGUCACGAAAGAGGUCAAGAAUGUUGUUCGAGAGAUCUAUAAUGAGAUGGACAAGUCUUGGUCCGGAAUAUCCAACGACAUCGACAUGAUACAUUCCGGUCGAGCACGAGACAAUCCCGGAUCAAAGGACUCCUACUUUGCUGCCAUGAUUUUCUCAAAUAGUGAGGUUCGAACAAUCGGUUAUUACGUCUUGGAUAAUAUCCUCAAGAUAGCUGCAACGCACCCUGAGUUUUCCCUCCGGCAUUUGAUUGUUCUAUAUAAAGAAUUCGUCGCCGUCCCGACGGAGUUUCUGGGAUACGUGGGCACGGAGUUCCUACGCGAUAGUCAUAGGAAGAUUGAAGAUCUCAUCAAGUCUAAAGUCGAGACGAACUCUAAUCAGGAAGAGGCGAGAGAAGAUCUCCUCGCAAUGGUGAGUGUCUUGGCUCAAUUUGUCAAUCUCCUUAAUGCUCAGAAUUUGUUGUUGUUUCCUUGGAAACAUACGGAGGAAUAUCCUAUUCCAGCGGAGUCGAAGUGA